GAAGAGAACUGAAUUUGAUACUUCAUCUGUCAAGGUCAUUGUGUCAAGUUCAUCAUGCGUCUCUCUAUAGGUAUCAUCUCUCUCUUCUGGGCCACUACCGUCCUGGCCUCGAGUAACAGCAGGUUCUUCAAGCGAGUCAACAACACUGGCUACGAGCUCAAGAAAGGCCCUCUCGAUACACCAUGGACAGAAGAAGUCGGCACGGAUCCCUGGCCCGAGUACCCACGUCCUCAACGCCAGCGCUCUGACUGGAAGAACUUGAACGGAGUCUGGCAGUAUCGUAAUGCCAGCGACGGCGAGAUCGCCUCACCUCCGUUUGGCCAGGAUCUCGGACAGUCCGUUCUUGUUCCUUUUUGCUUGGAGAGUGCACUAUCUGGCAUCAUGGCGAAGUGGGCUAUCUGGAGCUGGUAUAGGACUACUUUCGAAGUUCCUUCCGACUGGAAUUCCGAUAACCGUGUGCUUCUCACCUUUGGUGCUGUCGACUAUGAGGCUACCAUUUUCGUCAAUCAGAAGAAUGUCACUUUCCACCGUGGUGGCUACUUCGAGUUCACCGUGGAUGUCACCGACUACCUGUCUGUAAACGGAACGAAUGAACUAGUCGUUCAUGUGUACGACCCAACAGACAAGGACUUGAUACAGAUCCCAAUUGGAAAGCAAACCCUAGAACCAUCGCAUAUCUUCUAUACACCCUGCAGCGGCAUCUGGCAGACCGUUUGGCUCGAAUCAGCUCCUAUUAGCCAUGUCACACAGUUGGAUAUUAGUGCGGACAUGGAGGGUAAUGUUAAUGUUACUGUGCAUGCAUCGGGUAACCAGACAAGUGGACCAGUCGACAUCACCAUAUACGAGCCUGGUUCAGAUGAGAUCAUAUCCGUGUUUUCCGGAGAGUCGAAUAGCCCAUUCCAAUUCAAGGUCGAUUCUCCCAAGUUGUGGUCUCCCGAUUCGCCAACACUUUACAAUCUGACCGUCGAGCUCGAUGGCGGUAAAGAUGUAAUCCAUAGCUACACUGGCUUUAGAACUAUCUCCAGAGGCGAGGUAGAUGGUGUACAACGACCAUUGCUCAACGGGGAGUUUGUCUUCCAAUUUGGUACCCUCGAUCAAGGGUAUUGGCCCGACGGUCUUCACACACCUCCAAACAAAGAGGCAAUGGUAUACGACAUUCAAACAUUGAAGAAGAUUGGAUACAAUAUGCUGCGCAAGCACAUCAAGAUUGAGAAUUCUUUGUUCUAUCGCGCUUGCGACGAGUUGGGUCUUCUUUUGAUCCAAGACAUGCCGUCAUUGCGCCCUUCGGUCCCUGCGUCGACAGCACCAUGCAGCGAGAACCUCCGCACCAAGAAUGAAGAGGUACAGAAAGAAUUCGAGCGACAACUAGACUUAUUCAUAGAACAACACAAGAGCUAUCCAAGCAUUAUUACAUGGGUCAUCUACAAUGAGGGUUGGGGUCAAGAGAAGAAGCGCGAACUACCUGAACUUCGUCUUACAGACCACAUUCGAUCUCUCGACCCUACACGAUUGAUUAACGCGGCUUCUGGGUGGGACGAUCACGGUGCGGGUGAUUUCCAUGAUAACCAUCACUACGCAAACCCCCAAUGCGGCACUCCAUUCUACUCCACCCCGAGCACACCCUACGACCCCAAGCGCAUCGGAAUCCAAGGCGAGUUCGGAGGCAUCGGCCACAACCUAACUGCAGAGAACCUCUGGAAAGUCGAAAAAGCCAUCAACGAGAUCAACGGCACCUACGAAAUCGACGCCACCCUCGAGCACUGGAACUACCGCGCCCACAUCCUCCUCAGCGAGCUCCGCGACCAGAUCGAGAAGUUCGCCUGCUCGGCUGCCAUUUGGACGCAGACAACGGAUGUCGAGGGCGAGGUCAAUGGUAUGCUUUCGUACGACAGGCGUAUCCUCCGACCCGAUCUAGAUCAGUGGAAGGCCGAUAUUCAAGCGUUGUACGACGCAGCUUCUGCGCGUGGAGGUCGGAACUACACGAUGGUGCAGGUUCAGACUGGGUUUUAGGAGGAUAAUUGGACGUGAGGCGAGGGGUAUUUGCCGUGGAUAUAUUUAAUGCUCGAGAUUGAGGGAUCUCCUCCCUGGAUGAUGAUGACAUUUUCCAGGUCGUACGCGAGCCGUACGUGCGAAGGUUCAAAGGAAGGGAGUCGCCCAAGUGGCACGUAUCCUUUCUGAAAUCAUUGCUAUCUAUAUUCUCAAUCCCCC